GCAUUUAAUGCUUUACUAGAAAGGGUGCUUAGCGGUAUGGGUAUUGUGAUGAAACACAAUGUUAUUGAUCUUGCGUUUUAGCGCUAUGCCUUUUGCAUACAGAACCAAUUCUUUGUAAUAAGGAUCACCUCGUGCAAAAAUGAUAGAUUAGAAAAGUGAAGCUAGACAUUUAACACGGCCCCGAACGACAUCGAAAUGCGCCAGGAGCAGAGUAUGCCUCCGCUGGAGGCCAUUCUAGAUGGCUCUGGUGUGCGUUACUACUCCAAGCGUACGCGCCAGCUGACGUCGCUGGAGAAGAAGCUUGAGGCGGCCCGUGAGGCCUUUCACAGCAACCGAAAGGCGAGUGGCAUGCCCGACCCGCCCAAGAUCUCCCCUGGCUGCGGCAGCGCGCCCUCAGGCGUCAGCCGCACCAUCGGACAGGCCGUCGCGCCACAUGUCAGCUCGGCGGCACUCCGACGCGAGCUCCGCCGCAGAGCCUACGAAGCCGGCGCCGCCAAUGCCAGCGGCGGCGGUGCUGGCGGCGCCGCUGGCGCCGGCGGCGGCAGCACUGGCGGUGCCUCCAAGCCCUCCUCGCCUAACACCGAAAGUGCAACCGCGGCCGCGGCAGCUGCUGCUGCUGCGGCUGCCGCAGCAGCAGCCGCGGCGGCGGCGGCAGCCGCCGCCGCUAGCGCCAGCAGCACACCCGCCGGCGACCGCCGGCCGCCUGGCGGCGGCGGCAGCGGCGGCGCAGCCGCCGCUGCUGGCUCCUCCUCCAAAAAGGUUGCUGUGGAUUACGAGUUUAGGCAGUUUGCGGACUCGCUUGCAGGCGGGGGCCGCGGGCCGGUGGUUGUGGCGCGGCCUUAUCACACGGAGGCGCGCACCUUCUUCAACCUCAGCCUGCUGCCCAACAGUGUGCGUGCGCUGGAAGCGGACAGCGGGCUGUACUACUCGCCGGCGGGCAGCGGCGUGGCGACCAAGACGUCGCCGCAGAGGGGCCUGCGCGAUGGGAUGAUCAGGUACUAUCAGCCCAACAUAGCGUUGGAGAGGGAGGAGCGGCAGCGGGCAGCGGACGAAGAGAUGGCUGAACGGCUGGCGAAGGCGCAGGAAUCCCUGAACGAUCACAUCCUGUCCGUGGUGGCCCGCUGGGGCCCUCACUUCCUCGACCGCCUCCUCACCGCGGCCGCCGUCGGGCCACCCGACGACGGCAGCGGCGUACGCGCGCCCGCCCCCGGCGGCAGCCACCACGGCGGCCACUCGCCGCGCCACAACCUGCGGCCCAGUGCUGCCGGCAUGGACGUGGCUGCACCUGAUGCGGAUGCCCUGCACCAGCUGGACAAGCGCGGUGGGGCGCAGGGGAACAGACCGGGAGGCUUAUCCACGCCGCCGGGGGCGGCCGGCGGUGGCGGAGGUAGCGUGCGGCUGAGCUCGGAGGCGCUUGAGCGGUUGACGGCGCUGGCUUACCAGCUGCAGGUCCCCGUUGAGACGCUCAUCGGGCUGCUCAAGAAGCACCACAGCAGCUGCCGCGGGGGCCAGGGCGCCACCGGGCGGCGCGGCGGCGGGCACGUGGUGGGUGUGGCGGGCGCACACCAGGACCGGCGCAUCGAGCUCAUGCCCGUACGGCGGCCCGUACAGCUUCCCCCGCAGACCGCCGCCACGACUCCGCUGCAGCAGCACAUGCAGCAGCAGCAGCAGCAACAACAGAAGGAGGGAGGAGGCGAGGGCGGUGCGGCAGCCUGCACGGUAGCUCCGGGCGGCGGCUUCAGAGACGACACGGCUGCUGCUUCAGCCGCGGCGGCGGCGGAGGCAGCAACGGCAGCGGCGGCCGCAGCGACGACGAUGGGAGCCCAGCCGCAGGAGCCGCAGAUCUCCUUAGCCCGCCCGCGGCGAAUGCAUGUGGCGGUGGCGCUGCCGAUAUCGCCAGGGGACGAACUGUCGAUGGCGGCGACGCCGUCCGCAGCGGCAGCAAGCGGUCGUGCGAGUACCCUGAUCCCAGCCACACCCACCGCCCACGCCUCCCUGCAUAUGAGCUCCCUGCAUAUGAGCCAAGCUGAGGCGGGAGGAGGGGGCUGGGGAGCGGUGCUAAGGGCGGUGGCGGGGCGUCCUGGGUCUCCGGGAGGGGUCGCGGAGGUCGCGGCAGGGACGGAGGCGGAGCCUGGCACUGCCGCGCAGACGCCAGGGGGAGUGACGGCUUCGGGAGGAGACAGCAGCGGUAAGAAUGUACGGCAGCAACAGGCGGCGGCUCGCGCCACACCCGCCACUGCGUUGUUACGCGGCGCGGCGCUUCUGAUCAGUCGGCGCGUGCGAGCGCACACCACAGCAGCGGCUGCCGCCGCCGCAUCGGCCGCGGCUGCUUCCGCCGCUGCCGCCGCCGCCGUUGCCGCCACAGCGGCCGCGUCAACCUUGCCAACCACACCCCCGACCCCGCGGCCCGGUACCAGCGGAACCAUGCGCGACAGGGGUGAUACCGGCAGCGGCACAGGAGCGGGAACCAGUGUGACCGCAGGGGAAGCUGCUAUGGCUGCCGCAACCCCCACAGCCGCCGGCCCAGGCGCGUCCACCGCCGACACCGGGGCUGCCUCCGCCGCUGCAACCACUCCGGACCCUGCUGCCGCCGCUGCCCCAACGGAGGCUCAAGCCGCAUCGGCAUCCGAGUCGCCGCUAACCACCGCACUCUGGUACCACCAUCGCUCCGGAGUGUCUUUCAUCAGCCUAGGUCGCGGGGUGCCGCAUGGGCCCUCACAUGAGGGGCUACAGCCUACGGACCCUAGGCAGGUCGAACUAGAGGCGGCAUCGCGUGCAGCGCUAGAAACCCUAGCCAAGCGGCACGGCGGCCCGGGCCCGUCUCUCCGCAGCCAGCGCAGUGGCGGCGGCGCCGCGCGGAGUCGCGACCCGGCAUCGCCGCCGCGUACAGCGGCGACGAGUCGCGUCGGCAGCGCCUCGACAACGGCGACUGCGACGGUUGGCGGGAACUCCCGGCCGGGCACGUCCGAUCGCGGGCAGCAGCAGCAGCAGCAGUCGCGCCGUCGGGGGCGGCCUGGGUCGCGAGGGGCAUCGGAAAGGUCGCAGCGUGGGGGCACAAUGGUGACUGGCGGGGAGCCGUCGCCGCACCGGCGGGCCGCCGGCGCCAACGGGGACGACGUAGCAGGCGGCGGCGGAGGAGCAGGAGGCCGUGGGGAUGAGGAAUGGGAUGGGGACAUCCCGCCGGUAUCCGAACGUGCGAGUAGCGACGGUGAGGGCGGGGGCGUGGCGCAUGCGGAGGAGGCUGCAGCGGUGACUGACGAGCCGGGAAGAGGGGUUGUUGAGGGUGCUGAGGGUCGCAAACGCAACCGAGGUGGGCAGCAGGCCGCGGAUCACAGCCCUGGCCGCACGGGACGUCACGUAAGCCGCGGGCGUGACCGCCGCCGGCCGCCCUCAUCGCUGCGGUCUCAGCCGCGCACCGGCCCUGUGGUCGUGGUGUCAGCUAGCCCAACCGGACGGGGGAACAACAGCCGUGGCGGCGGCGGCGCCGCCGCCACCGCCAGUACGACAACAGCCGCCCCCGCCAGCGCCACGAAGCGAGGUCGACGAAGCACCGGCGAAGGCGGCGGCAAGAGCACCAGCGCUGCACGCAGGAACGCGCUGCGGCGGCUAUCCAUGAUGGCUAGUUCCGUGGGCCUUCUCCUGGGGGCCACUCGCCGGCGCCGCGCCUCCACGCCUCAAUCCAUGGCAAGUGCCAACAUUGCGGGGUUGCUGGCGUCGUCCUCUGACGAUGACGAUGAGGACGAUGACGAGGAUGAUGACGAUGAGGGCGGCGGCGCCGGCCAUGCAGAUCCGGACAGGGAGGCUGGUGCGCUGUCAGACGGCAGCAGUGCGGUGCGAGGAGGUGCGCCCGGCUCGCCGGAUACACACACCGACGUGGAUGCGGCGGAGGCGCACUCCGUCGCCGGCAGCGGCUGGAUCAGCACGCGGCUUGCGAGCGAGGAUGGCAGCGAGUACGGCAGCACGUACGCCGCUAGCUCGGCGGCCGUUACCCUGGCCCCAUUGCCGCCAUGGGAAGCCCUGACGCGUGGUGAUGGCGGCGGCUCCGCCGCCGCCGCUGCCGCGGCCGCGGCCGCGGCGCUCAGUCGGCCGGCGUCAUCCGGCAUCCUGCGCACGCAAUCGCAGUUGCAGCGUCAGCAGCAGACGACCCCCACGGAGGGCCUCACAAGCGAAGCGGAUAGCGCCGCCGCCGCUGGCGGCGGCGGCACCGACGCUGCCGCCGGCGGUUUCUCAGCUGAUCACCUGCUUUCAGGUCCCUUUCCCAGGCCCACACCGCCGCCAGACGCCGUGCCUUCCGUACUGGACUUGGAAAAGUUGGAUCCGAACCGUGGCCUAAGCAGGCACUACAGGUUGGCGGGAGCGAGGUGGAAUCCGGCGGCGCCUGGUGCGCUGCGGCCCGGCUACUGUGCUGAGGCGGACUACGUCGCUGGCACCUACAACCCGCACUUGAUGGACCGAGUGGAAGCGGCUAGGCAGGAGGCAGCGGUGACGGGUGCCGAGAUGCACGUGGAGUACCAGUCUCCCGUACAUCCCGUCAUGAUGAGUCAGCACAGGCACAUGCAACAUGAGGGUGGCCGGCGGGAGAGCAGGAACCGAAGCACCAGCAGCGCCGUCGCCGCCGCCGUCACGACGGCAACGUCGGGCAGCCUGUCCGCCGCGCUGUCGCAGCAGCUGCCGCUGGGGUCGCUGGCAAGUAACAGCGUAGACGUGUCGCUGAUGGGCAUCCCCAGCGGUGUGCGGAUCACCGGCUCGAAAGCGAAAGCCGCCGCCUCAAUCGCCAGCUUGCUGAACCCCAUCUCACGGGCUAUUGCCACCGUCAACGCCGAGAACGGCGUGGGUACGACAGGCUCUGAGUCGCCGCCAGGCAUGCCCCUGUUACCUCACAGCAUGAUGGCCGAGGGAGGCCGCCUGAAAGCUCUCAACCACCUGCCGCCAGGUGUUGGCGGCGGCGGCGUCCGACCGGCGUUACGGCAGCAGCGCUCUCCGCAGCGUGUCGCUGCGGAACUAGCUCACCAUCUGACGCACGGGUCGGUCCAUCCCAGCGGUCCACAGGAGCGCGGCAGCGGCGCUGGCGGCGGCAGCAACAGCAGCUACGAUGAGAUCAUGCGACGGCGACGCCGCCGUACGGCCGACCCAGAUGCCGAAGCACUUGCACAGAUGCAAUCAAACCUGCUGCGGCCGUCACAGUCCGUGUGGGGUCGGGAGGAACUCGACGAAUACGACAUCCUGCAGCCCCUUAACCAACACCUGGCGUCAGCUGCAUGGGCAACCGCCGCCGCCGCAACCGCCAAACACAGCCUCCCAUCACACCCCGCCGCCGCCGCCCUCAGCAACCGCAACCAUCCAUGGCAGUCACCCUCCAGUCGAACCGCCCGCGCAACCGCCUCCUCCUACACCACCUCCAGCACCCCAGCCGCCGCCGCCGCCACUGCCGCCACUACCGGUCGUCGAUCGCCUUCACCGGACACCGCCGGCCGCCGCGCCGUUACAGCGCCCGCCGGCCUCAGGCUGCCGCCGCCGCCAAAGGCUCCGGAACCGCGGUUGUGGCGGGGCGACCCGUUGGAGCUCAAGGCGGCGUUCCCCAAGGGUGAAAAGGUGUACCGGCUGGUCACGGACGUGCAGGCCAACGCCCGGCUGCUCCGGGAGGCGGAGAAGGACAUCAUGCCGCUGGAGUUUAGGAACCGAGUGCGGCGCGGGGUGGUGAUGUAAUGGGGGUCCAGUGGCUGGGUGCGUGCGGGGGUUUGGGUGCAGCGGGGGUUUGGGUGCCGAAAUUUGGGAAUGUAAGAGAUGCGAGCUGAGAGAGGGUUGGGCGAUGCGUUGUUGUGGGUUGGGUUGAGGCGCAUGGCAGGGCCGGGCCUGGGAAGAGGCCCCGCUAUUACUAGAGGCGGCUUGCAUUGGCCCAUGUUGGUGCUGUGCGUAGGCAGCUUGGUUGGGUAGUCCGCGCUAGUCUGAUUCUUUUGUGGUUUGAAGCAGUGCACCAUGCGGGUUUUGCGCGCCUUGUAAUCGGGGUGUAGUACGCUUAUCUAGUACCUCUUAAGCUGUACCCCUAGGCAUUAACGGUGUAAAGGCGGGCUACGUAGCGUCCGCGACUAGAUGUAUGUACAUAUAGUCUUAGUGAUGGUGCGUUAAUGCCGCAGGUGGAGAAUGAUGAGCCGGGCCGUCGUCAUCGGGUGGGAAGUAGAUAAACUGAGCCUUCGGGUGGGGAAGGUCCAUGUACAGCAGAUAUGAUGCAUGGCAACCCGGGAUGUGCGCGUGUUUCGUUGUUGUUGCCUAACUGGGCAGCGUUCCAAUGACAGCUGGGAACGUCCGCAGCGUACCGUGUUCCUUACAACACUUCCUUCUGUUGGCAUAACGCGGCCUGUUUUUACCGCUCCUGUUUGCGUUCCUCAGGCGCUGUGCAUCAUGUUUCGCUUGCGGUGACCGCAAGCAACCCUUAGCUAUUUGCUUUGCUAGGUUAAUAGCCCCCACCCAGGUUGCCGGUAUUGUUGUAGCAUCGUUUGCACGCCCGCAAGGCGCCACUGGCAGCGUGCUGCUGCUGCUGGCGCGAGAGAACAUAACAUGUAAGCCUCCUUCGCGGGGGCGGUUCACUGCUUAACGGAACGUGGUUGUGCUGGGUAGUAAGGUCGAAUGCAAUAGAUUUUUGAGUGCCUGCGCUGCGAAGAGCAUGGAGUGCUUCACGUGACGGCAGAUUUACCAACUGCCGUACAUCACCGGAGGGGGCUCACACACAUCGUACGACAAGUUGUUCUAUUAAGUUUGUACAUUUAGACGCUGCUGCGAUGCUGUAAGGGGUGUGCGUGAGCGAUUUCGAGCUACCAAGCAAUCUACUGCUGUUGCAAACAUGGU